AUGUGUGCUGACAAGCACGUCUCGGCCAUCGUCUCGCCCAGUGCGGCCUGCCGCCAGCCGAGGGGGCCUUCCAGCACCGACCCUCCCCGCUGCCGAGAGGAGGGGGAGCAGCAGGGGGCUGCUGCGUGGCGUGGAAGAAGGGGUGUGCUGGGCGGAUGCUGUUGGUGCUGGCCGUUGGUGCUGGGCUACGUGGGCUCUGCUGAGGGGCGCGAUGCUGGCACACGUGGGGUUCCCCCUGUGGUGAGCCUUUGGGAGCUGAGGUACCUAACAGAGAUCUGGGUUCCUCCAAGUGCCGAGGGUGAGAAGUCAGAUGACUGUGAAGAGGGGUGUGAUGGGGUUGCAGUAACAACACGGGCACUGAAGGCUAGAUUUGGGGGAGAUGGUAUUUGUAUAAAAUGUGGAAAAGGUGUGUAUGGAGCGAGCCAGGCUUGCCAAGCAAUGGGUAACCUCUAUCAUACCAACUGCUUCACGUGCUGCUCUUGUGGGAGAAGACUACGAGGAAAAGCGUUCUACAACGUCAAUGGCAAGGUGUACUGUGAAGAAGACUUCCUAUAUUCAGGUUUUCAGCAAACAGCGGACAAGUGCUUCGUUUGUGGACACCUCAUAAUGGAAAUGAUCUUACAGGCCCUUGGAAAGUCCUACCAUCCUGGCUGCUUCCGCUGCGUGGUGUGUAACGAGUGUUUGGAUGGCGUUCCCUUCACUGUCGAUGUGGAGAACAACAUUUACUGUGUCAAAGACUACCACACGGUUUUUGCACCAAAAUGCGCUUCCUGUAACCAGCCGAUCCUGCCAGCACAGGGCUCCGAGGAGACCAUUCGGGUGGUGUCGAUGGACAAAGACUACCAUGUGGAGUGCUACCACUGCGAGGACUGUGGCUUGCAGCUCAACGACGAGGAGGGGCACCGCUGUUACCCUCUGGAGGGCCACUUGCUCUGCCACAGCUGCCACAUCAGGCGCCUGAACUUGAAACUGCCGUCACAUCCGCCUCCGAGCUACCCCAUGCAUGUCACAGAACUCUGAAAGACGUUGCCCUUGCCAGUAAGCUGUUUGAAAGAGAAGACAAAAAUGUAAAAAUUACUUUCCUGCUCCUUUAAAGAUGAGAUUCCAGUAAUAACCAUCUAAGCCAGCUAUUUAUUUUUUAAAUCAGAGGUGAGGGGUCCUUUUCUGAUCUUGUACAUACGCAUUCUUUUAUCUAGGCAUUUUCACUGAGACACCGUCUACUUGAACAAAUCACUCACCA